GUCCAUGUAUCUCUGAACAGCUAUGAAAGGGCUUCCUGGAAGAAAAAAGAUCCAAAGAAAAACAAAAAACAAAACCAAAAAAACCAUGUCCCCCAAGUCCUAUGGCUCCACCUUACCAGAGAGAGGAGGAUCACACACUGGCAGACAUUGAAAUCAUAAGACUGGACAUUACAAGUUUGCAAAGUCAUUGAAUCCUAAGCUCACUUGUAGUCCAAGGGAAGUCAUGCAGGAUGAAGAUGGAUACAUCACUUUAAAUAUUAAAGCUCGAAAACCAGCUCUCACGUCAGUUGACUCUGCUUCCUCACCUUUGUGGCGUGUGAUGGCAUGGAUUCUGCUGAUCUUGUGCGUGGGGUUAGUUAUUGGGCUGGUGGCUCUGUGGAUGGUGUCUGCCACAGAGCAAAACUACCUACUAGCGGAGAAUAAAAAUUUCUCAGGAACUCUGCACCAGCUAGCACAGCAGUUCUGCCAGCAUUUAAUAAAAGGAUCAGAACAAAAGAGCAGUGUCAGCCAUAAAUGCAGCCCAUGUGACAGAAACUGGAGAUAUUACGGCAAUAGUUGCUAUGGAUUCUUCAGGCACAAUUUGACAUGGGAAGAGAGUAAGCAGUACUGUAUUAACAUGAAUGCCACUUUGCUGAAGAUCACCAGCCAGAACGUUCUGGAAUACAUGAAGUCCAGGACUGGAUUAAUUCGUUGGGUUGGAUUGUCCCGCAAGAAUUCUAAUGAGGUUUGGAUGUGGGAAGAUGGUUCAGUGCCCUCCAAAGAUGUGUUUGAGCUUUCUGGAAAUGGAGAAGACAAUAUGAACUGUGCCUAUUUUUAUAAUGGGAAAAUUUACCCUACCUUCUGUAAUAACAAACAUUACUUAAUGUGUGAGAGGAAGGCAGGCUUGAUAAAGGUGGACACACUACUUUAAUGCAAAGAGAUGGGAAGGAUGUCACAGACAGGUGCUUGCUUGUACAGUCAAAGAUCUGAAUGAAGGACUCACUAGACCUAAAACUGUUUAUUUUUUCCUUUA